AUGGUUGAGUCACAAGUCAUUGAUGCACUUGGAGACGAGCAAGCAGAGGUCGACGUUGUAGAUGAAGAAGAAGAAGCACCGGAAAUAGAAGUUGAUAACCUGGUAAACGAGGAAAGUGAAGAUGAACCGGAAGUUGUUGUACCACGAGAUCAAGUGCAUAUGCCUCCAGUGCACAUGAGGAACCUGAAUUUUGAUGGGGAUGACGAACCAUCGUCUGAUAUUUUCUAUGAUCCAUACACCCAAACAGAUCAACGGUUAAAAGUAGGAGACAGAUUUCGUUCUAAGGAGGCAUGUAUCAUGGCCAUAAAAAGAUUUCAUAUGGCAAACAAUGUUGAUUUUAGAGUUGAUCGCGCCAAUGUCGAAAGGUACAAAAUUUACUGUAGAAACACUGAUUGUGGAUUCAGGUUGCAUGCAUCAUACAGGAAGAGAAAUGACUCAUGGGUUAUAGGAUAUAUUUCCCAAGAUCACACAUGUGUUAACACAAAUGUUUCACAAGAUCACCGUAAGCUAAGUUAUGACAUCAUUUGUCAAGAAAUCUUGCCUCUAGUUGAAAAAGAUCCAUCGUUAAAGGUGAAAACGAUAAUCUCUCAUAUCGUUGCAACGUACAACUACACUCCGUCUUAUAGAAAGGCGUGGCUGGCGAAGACCAAGGCGAUCGAAGUUGUGUAUGGAAAUUGGGAGGAUUCGUAUAAACGACUCCCACAUUUCUUAUAUGCACUUCAAAUUUAUGCUCCUGGAACUGUUACUAUUUUAGAGACCCUUCCGGCGCAAUCUCCAGACGGAACAUCACUUCAAGGAAAUGUGAUAUUCCACAGGCUCUUCUGGGCUUUCCGCCCAUGUGUACAAGGAUUUUCAUAUUGCAAACCAAUUCUUCAAAUAGAUGGAACUUGGUUGUACGGAAAAUAUAAAGGCACCAUGUUGAUGGUUGUGGCUCAAGACGGAAAUAGUAACAUCUUUCUUGUUGCUUUCGCUCUUGUGGAAGGAGAAACUGCUGGAGACACCUUCCGAUUACUGCCUUGGUGGAAGCAACAUACUAUAGGAUGGCUUCUCUUUUCGCAAGAAGAGGUGAGCGUUGGAAUGCAGUUAUAG